AUAAUUCUCUGACAUCAACGACCGUUGCUUUGAUUUCUAGACAGUGACCGUUAAAAAUAUAUCAAUCGUCGAUUGCUUUAAGUUUGUAAAGUGAGUGUUAAUAUUUGUGUAAUAAAAAAUGAAGUCCGCGAAAUCGAAACAGAGACUUAAUGAAAUAAGAACUCCGGCUAGAAGUAAACAGAAUUUAUGUCAAGGGGAAAGAGAUCCCGUUCAAGUGUACUGCCGUUUGCGUCCAAUGCAAAGGGAAACGGAUGUCUCGUGCAUCAAAAUAUUAUCACCAACUACAGUGCUGAUGACACCACCAUCAACGGCUAUUAGUUACAGAAAUGAAGGUGCUAAAACAAUGACGUACACCUUCAAAGAAGUUUUCCCGCCGGAGGCGACACAACAAGAUGUGUUUGAUAAGCUCGCUUUCCCAUUAGUUGAAGGUUUAAUUAAGGGUAAGAACGGGUUGUUGUUCACAUAUGGUGUAACCGGCAGCGGAAAAACGUUCACUAUGACAGGAGAACCGAAUAAUUGCGGCAUUUUACCGAGAUGUCUUAACAUCAUAUUCAAAACUAUCAACGAUCUGCAGGCGCACAAGUAUAUAUUCAAACCCGACAAAAUGAACAUGUUUGAUAUACAAUCGGAAGCGGAAGCCAUGUUAGAGCGGCAACAGGAGUUACACAAAUUUAAAAGUAACAGGAAAAACAACUCAAAUCCAGAUUUGGCCAUGUCGGAUAGUGACGUUACCAAAAUAUCAGGCGUCAACGAAGACAAUCAGUACGCAGUGUUUGUGACAUACGUAGAGAUAUACAACAACAGUGUAUUUGAUUUACUAGAAGAUAGCCCGACUAUAAAUAAGAAUUUACCCGUCAAAAUUAUAAGAGAAGACGCUGCUCACAACAUGUAUGUACAUGGAGUCACAGAGAUAGAAAUUAAAUCAGCGGAGGAUGCAUUUGAUGCUUUCUACCUCGGCUUAAAGAGGAAACGAAUGGCUCACACUACUCUUAACGCAGAAUCAAGCAGAAGCCAUUCCGUUUUCACAAUAAGACUAGUGCAGGCACCAGUGGAUGAAAUGGGUGAGGCUGUAAUACAAAACAAAAAGUUCCUCUCAAUAAGCCAACUGAGUCUUGUUGAUUUAGCCGGAAGUGAGAGAACUAAUCGAACGAAAAACACUGGCCAACGAUUGAGAGAGGCCGGCAAUAUUAACAAGUCGCUCAUGACAUUGAGAACUUGUUUGGAAGCAUUACGGGAGAACCAGAUCAGCAAUGCAAAUAAUAUGGUGCCCUACAGAGAAUCCAAGAUAACACAUUUGUUUAAGAAUUUCUUUGAAGGCGAAGGUCAAGUUAGGAUGGUUGUUUGCGCUAAUCCUAGGGCUGAAGAUUACGAUGAGACAUUACAAGUUAUGAGAUUUGCUGAAGUUGCCGCUGAAGUUGAGGUAGCUAAGCCUCAAGUUACUGAUGUUGGAGCCGCAAUAGGUUUAAUGUCUGGCCGUCGUAAAGCAAACAAGCUUUUCAAUGCUGCCAGAGAUAAUAUAUUGAGACCAGAAGCUAAAGAUCUUGAGCUUGACUUAGGUCUAGUGUAUAGUUUAGGGCCAGACUUCCCGAGUCUAGAAUUAACUAGUUCUCAAGCAAAUCAUAUAAUCAAAGAAUUGAUGGCACAUCUGGAAAUGAGGAUUAGUCGGAGAGAGACAUUGAAACGAAGCAAGGCUAUUAAGGAUGAAAAGCUCAGAUCGGCUAUGUUGGAUCUGGAGAAAGAGUCGUUGGAGGUCAGAAGUGAGAACUCGUCAUUGAAAGGUCAAUUGGCAGCGGCUGAGCGACGAAUACGAGCACUGGAAGAACGUCUUACAGCUACCGAAAAUGCCUCACUCUCUCACCAACGGAAACUCAAUGAGAUAACAGAAUACACUUCAUCAUUAAAACGAGAAUUACAAGAGAAGGAACUGCUCCUCAACCAAAACAAACUCGAUAAAGAGAAACAGAAGAAGAAUCUGGAAAGGAAAUAUCAUCACAAGAUAGCGGCCGAGCAUGAGAAGGCCAAGGAAAUACACAGCGAGAAAGAGAGACUUCGUAAUGUGAUAGAAGAGAAGGAGAACCGGCUGCGGAUAAUAGCACACGCCUUGAACGGCGAGAGAGGAGACAAUGCGGAUACAAAGAACACAGGCGAAGCGGCGGCACAGACUAGCGUAAGGGAUUUCACUCCAGGGUCCACUCCAAGAGCACUCCCCGCGCAUUUGCUAACUCCCUUCAGCUCUGUUCCUCAUACAAGGGAAACCAGGGACACGCCGGCUUCCUCGCGCCGCGGAGUCGCCAUAGCGAACCCUCGACACAAACGCUCACUAUCAGCUGACGGGAAAGGCUGGGUAGAACACGCCCCCAACCAAAUAGUCCCAAUGGGAACCGUACUGAAACCUAACAUUACUAACAGCAAAUUCGUUAACAAAUUAACCAACGUCAAAGAUAUAGCCAACUCAAAGAAAUCCAAGUAUUGUCUGAUUUCUCAAGAACAGGAUACUGAUGGGGAGUUGGAGACCAAGUUGUACAAAGGCAACAUCGUCCCGACUUGUGGCGGUGGAGCUCAAGUUAUUUUCAACGAUGUGGAAAUGCUGAAGCAGUUUUCCCCCACACGGGACAGGGAAUCCUCGAGAAGGACAUCCGGCAAUACCUGUGCUCGUCAUUCAGGAAAGAGACGAGAUACAGGAUGCUCACCUCCUCAAACGCCAUCCAAUACCAGCAAGAAACAGAGGGUAGAUGACGAUUAAUAAAUCAUCACAUAUAAUCUUACCAUGAGUGUGCCAAGACCAAACAGAUAGUUGAAGUUUUUGAAUCACAUGUAAAAAUGUAAAACUCUCUGUGACUAGUUUCACACCCUCAUGGUAAGGAUAUUGACAUUAAAGCCUGAAUUAAUGUAUGUUUGUUCAUAUUUUGGUGUUUCUAAUUAACUGCAACAUAUCCUUUUUCCCAUCUAAUGUAUACAUAGUAUUAAUAUUUAUAUUGCUCAAAUAACUAUAGUCACAUAUGUGAUGGAACCUCUUUCGGUACUUAACCAGAGCAUAAAGAUAAUAUAUAAUUUUUGUUAUAUGUUUAUAAACUGUGAAAAUUUAAAUUUAGAAUCUCAAUACAAUCUGACAUUGUAAAGUACUUAACUAUAAUUAAUGCUCUAUAUUUUUAAGAUGUUAGUAUUAUUUUUUUUGUAUUUCUAAUGUUGUACAUUGUAGCAUUAUUUUUUUGGUUAUUA